AUUCAGUCGCUUGUAACUGAGAGAAUCGCGAGGAAGAAAUGCUGAGCCUUGGAAGAUUUCCUGCGAACUUACAGCACAAUCCCAUCACAAACAAUCUUCAAUUUCCCCCCAAAUCCCACUUCCCGUAUUCAACCCACCUCAACUUCGAAGCUGUUCUAGCAAAGACGCGAAGUGAGCUGUGCUGCAACGCCUUGAAAACCAAGAAGAAAGGCGGCGGCGGCGGCUAUAUCGUGAAAGAAAAGGAGGAAGCUGACGAAUUCGAAGAUGAAGAUUUUGACGGCGAAUUCGUUGAUUCGACUGAAAUUGAAGACGGCGAUGACGAGGAUGAGGAUGAUGACGUCUUUGUUCCUUUGCGGGAUAUGAAGAAGUGGCUUGAGAGGCGGCCGCGUGGGUUCGGCGAAGGCAAAGUGUAUGAUACUUCAAUUGAGGAUAAGUUGAUGGAAGAAAUCGAGCAGAGUAGGGUAGCCCAGAUUGCAAACCUGAAAAAGCUCAAGGAAAAUUCACUAAAACCGACUCCCAACAAAGAGAAAGGACCUCAGCCUCUCUUUGAUGGAUUUCGAGUGCGUUUGGUCAAUCUCCCUAAGAAGAAGAAUAUUCACAAGGAUUUACGAAUAGCAUUUCAAGGAGUUCCUGGAAUAGUAAAUAUAAUCCCAGUAGUUUCUGGAAAUGAAAAAACCAGGGAUCCAGUUUGCAAAGGGGUUGCUUUUGUCGACUUCAAGAAGGAGGACGAGGCACAUAGAUUUAUGCAGAAAUUCACAGGUAAAAGCAUAGCCUUCGGCAAGGUUGAAAAGCAGAUAAAAUGUGAGACGGUGAAACCAAAGCUGCCAAAGCCUGAACUUGAUCAAUCAGUUGAUGGUAGUAGUAAGGGCCCCUUUCAACAACAACGCAUUCUCAACUCUGAUGAAGAGAUCUGUGGUUCACUGCUGCAUUCAUCGGAAGAGAGUGUAGCUAAUGAAGCGGGUGAGAUGCAUGAUGUGCCUGGACAAUGGGAAGAAGAUGAUGGAGGGAUCAGUGACGCCUCAACUACCACCGGCUCUGAGUUAGCUGAUGAACCGGAAGAAAGAAAAGAGCCUGCUAUUGACAAAAAGGAGACAAGAAAAACAAAGAAGCAUCCGAAAAAGGUGGCAUCAAGACGAGUGAAACCCAAUGUUCCAACCCUAGACAUACCGGGAUCUGCCAAGAAGUUGAAAGUUAGAGAGCAAGCGGUGCUCUCAGGCGUGUUUUCAAAAUAUGGAGCAGCUGCUGCUUCGACUGUACAGGAAGAGAGUAGAUAACAAAUGACACUCGUGAACAAUAAUUUUGUGUUUUCAAGAAUGUGAGAUAAUUUCUCUUGCAACUCGUUCAGAAAUGGAGAGUUCUUUUUGGGUUUA